AGAUGCUUAGUGAAGCAGCUGGAGAAGGGUGACGUCAACAUCGUGGACUUGAAGAAGAACAUAGAAUACGCAGCAUCCGUCUUGGAAGCAGUUUAUAUCGAUGAGACAAGAAGGCUACUGGAUACCGAUGAUGAGCUCAGUGACAUCCAAUCAGAUUCAGUCCCCCUGGAGGUCCGGGACUGGUUGGCUUCCACCUUUACACGGAAAAUGGGGAUGAUGAAGAAGAAAUCUGAGGAAAAGCCAAAAUUUCGGAGCAUUGUGCAUGCUGUUCAAGCUGGAAUUUUUGUGGAAAGGAUGUACAGAAAGUCCUAUCACAUGGUUGGUUUGGCAUAUCCAGAAGCUGUCAUAGUAACAUUAAAGGAAGUUGAUAAAUGGUCUUUUGAUGUAUUUGCCUUAAAUGAAGCAAGUGGAGAACAUAGUCUGAAGUUUAUGAUUUAUGAACUGUUUACCAGAUACGAUCUUAUCAACCGUUUCAAGAUUCCUGUUUCUUGCCUAAUUGCCUUUGCAGAAGCUUUAGAAGUUGGUUACAGCAAGUACAAAAAUCCCUAUCACAAUCUGAUCCACGCAGCCGAUGUCACUCAAACUGUGCAUUACAUAAUGCUUCACACAGGUAUCAUGCACUGGCUCACGGAACUGGAAAUUUUAGCAAUGGUCUUUGCCGCCGCCAUUCAUGACUAUGAGCAUACGGGAACCACAAACAACUUCCAUAUUCAGACAAGGUCAGACGUUGCCAUUUUGUACAACGAUCGGUCUGUCCUUGAAAACCACCAUGUGAGUGCAGCAUAUCGACUGAUGCAAGAAGAAGAAAUGAAUGUUUUGAUAAAUUUAUCCAAAGAUGACUGGAGGGAUCUUCGGAACCUAGUGAUUGAAAUGGUUUUGUCUACAGACAUGUCGGGUCACUUCCAGCAAAUUAAAAAUAUAAGAAACUGUUUGCAGCAGCCUGAAGGGAUCGACAGAGCCAAAACCAUGUCCCUGAUUCUCCAUGCGGCAGACAUCAGCCACCCAGCCAAAUGCUGGCAGCUGCACCACAGGUGGACCAUGGCCCUGAUGGAGGAGUUCUUCCGACAGGGAGAUAAAGAAGCUGAACUAGGCCUUCCAUUUUCCCCGCUUUGUGAUCGGAACUCAACGAUGGUGGCCCAGUCCCAAAUAGGUUUUAUCGAUUUCAUAGUAGAGCCAACAUUUUCUCUUCUGACAGACUCAACAGAGAAAAUUAUUAUUCCUCUUAUAGAGGAAGACUCAAAAACUGAAAAUUCUUAUGGAGCAAGCAGACGAUCAAAUAUGAAAGGCACCAUGAACGAUGGAACCUAUUCCCCAGACUACUCUCUUGCAAGUGUGGACCUGAAAAGCUUCAAAAACAACCUGGUGGACAUCAUCCAGCAGAACAAGGAGAGAUGGAAAGAAUUAGCUGCACAAGGGGAACCUGAUCUUCGUAAGAACUCAGGAGAUCAAGUAAAUGCUGAAGAAAAAAGUGCUGAUACACAUUCAUAGGUUUGAAACACCGUGAAGGCUUCUGUCACUUUAAACAUGAGAGGAUAAUAAGAACAGUACUAAAACAUCCUAAUUCCUCAGCUCUCUGCAGACCUGUGUUCUCCUCUUUCAGCACACACUGGGACCAGGCCCUUUCUUGGACUCUUCAAUGAGGAAUGAAUAAGAAGAUCACACAUUCUGUUAGUAACUGGCCAAAUAAAUACACUCAAAUUUGCUAUCAGAGUUUUGAGGCAGUGCUUCUGCCAUUAUUUUUCCUCCACGACUUAGCCUUCUUCCAUCAAUCCAGAAAAAAUUUUAAGACAAAAGUUGGGCGGUUUUAAAGUGUCAUCACUUUGACCAGUUCUAGCAUAGGUGAUUAUGCAACACGUGUGUGGAAGAUGAGGCGUUCUCAAAAUGCGCCUUCUGCCUUGUUUUACACGGAGUGCUCUAACUGCACAUUUUUUGAGGUCUUCAGUAAAAGGAAAGCAAAAACAAAAUUAUGGAAAAAUAUUUUUUACAGCUCUGAGCAGCAGGCCAUUUAGAUCGUCCCUGUUAUUUUAAAUACCUGGGAACAAAAUGAGAGGCAGGACUGUUCAGCAGCUGUGAUCGAAGUCCUAAACCAACAGUGGAGACUUAUAGCCUUGGGCCUGCGACCUGAUCAACAUGUCGUCAUCACUCAAGCUGGGAAUCCACAGUGCAUCCUGCCCUGGAAACCAGCAGACCAGCCUGCACCCAUCCCCGUGGCUUCAAAGCACGAACGCAUCACCUGCAUGGAUGCCGUCGGCACGGGAGUCACACAGUCCCUGCAGUCCAGCCCAGCAGAACCUUCUGCUCUCGUGGGAGGCAGACAUGAGAAAUGAGAAUGGAAUUUUGCCCUCUGGGAUGUUGAUCCCAACAGGACAUAACAGAAUAUAUCACAGCCCAAGGGAUAAGAGACAAGACGUGUGUGUGUGUGUGUGUGUGUGUGUGUGUACUCAAAACCAUCUCUGAGAAUGGACGCCCACACUUUUCUGUACAGAUAGCAUUAUUUGAUGUGACUUUACCUUUUACUACACAGAAACAGUACUACCCGUGGAGACUCUGCUCCCUUGUCAUGUUUUGCCUGAGCAUGUGCAGAGCCUGGCCUUUGCUCCAAACUGAAGAACUCCCUUUAUUUGUUAUUAGCUGACAAGAAAAGUCAAGCACGGUUCGGUGUUGUAACUUUUCACUGUAAACACUUCAAUGACUGUGAGGCUGAGUGACUUUGGUUUUUGAAAGGCAGACAUUGGAUGGAAAGAAAUCAAGAGUAGCCAUCAAUUAAAGUGAAGGACGGUGUGUCCAUCCUAAAAAGUUUCUUUUGCACCUGCUUCUUUUCUGGGUUCCACAACGCAAAGCAAUAUUUUAGAAAUGGAUACAACCAGAAGCUUUUAAGUCUAAAGAGUGGGAUUUUAUAACUCACAACUUAGAUCUCUUUUAAUGUGUAAGCCAUAUUCUAUAUGCAUAUUAGGUAUGCAUCAUUCUAAUUUAAGAUAUAUUUGUGCAUAGACUGUGCAUAAAGCGCUUUUAAAUGUUCUGUGAAUACAGUUCUUAGCUUUUGUUUCACCUGAAUCUUGUGUAGGAGACAUCUAUAUAAUUGAAUUGUAUCAUAGAUAUUAUAAUGCAAUUGAUAUUUUAAAUGUAAGCCGUAAAGAUUGAUCUAUAAUGAUGUGUUGGGGGAAAUGUAUAGAUUUGUACAUCAUGGUGACUUUUUGUCCUUUAAAAAAGGUCUUUUUUAUUUUUAUUUAUGGAGACGCUGUAACUACUACUUUAAAUGUAUUUUCUUCAAGUAGUUAUUUACCAGCUAGAAAACAUUCUGCGUUUGAAAUGGGACUUGACUCUGCAAAGCCUACUUACGUUUGUUCCUAGUUGAGCCAGUUGUCUUUCAGUGAGGCUAUGGAAUCUCCCGAGGGAGAAGCAAAUUGAAACACUCCUCCUCCAGUGUCAUGGGAAACAUAUUCACUUCGUUCCUAUGACUACCUUAAGAUCUAUAGACUUUGUUACUAAAAAAAAUAGAGGCAUAUAAUGAAUUGAUCAAUGUCUGUAUGUAAACUUUAACCUAAUUCUCCAGGUGACAUGACAUAUAGGGGACUGUGGCUGAACUUCCAGAAGAAGCGGAGAAAGCCUGCUCCCUCUCUUCAGAAGACUUGUCACCCUGUGGAUGUGCUCUUUCCUUCCCAAUCUCCCUCCCUCUCGCCCUCUUCCCUUCCUUUC